CUCCGUGUUCCUCGCCCGCAGGGUCGCGCUCCGGGCUCGCCCGGCCCCAUGAUGAGCUCGCCCAGCCGCCGCAGCGCCCGGAGCCGCGAGCCCGAUGGGGCUGAUCCAGGAGCCGGCACAGGGACAGCCCGAGCCUGAGAGCGGCCGCGGGGAUGAAGCUCCCGGAGAGGAGGAGGAGCCGCCGCAGCGGAGCCGCCAAGCCGAGAUCCCCUCCUGGGAGAAGAUGCCAUUCCACCAUGUGACAGCUGGCUUGUUGUACAAGGGCAAUUACCUGAACCGCUCGCUCUCGGCCGGCAGCGACAGCGAGCAGCUGGCCAACAUCUCCGUGGAGGAGCUCGAUGAGAUCCGAGAGGCUUUCCGAGUGCUGGACCGGGACGGGAAUGGCUUCAUCUCCAAGCAGGAGCUGGGCAUGGCCAUGCGCUCCCUGGGCUACAUGCCCAGCGAGGUGGAGCUGGCCAUCAUCAUGCAGCGCCUGGACAUGGAUGGGGAUGGCCAGGUGGAUUUUGAUGAAUUUAUGACGAUUCUGGGACCUAAGCUGGUGUCAUCAGAGGGCAGGGACGGCUUCCUGGGGAACACAAUAGACAGCAUAUUCUGGCAGUUUGACAUGCAGAGGAUAACGCUGGAGGAGCUGAAGCAUAUCCUGUACCACGCCUUCCGCGACCACCUCACCAUGAAGGACAUCGAGAACAUCAUCAUCAACGAGGAGGAGAGCUUGAAUGAGAACUCUGGGAACUGCCAAACGGAGUUUGAAGUGCACGCCCAGAAGCAGAACCGCCAGACGUGCGUGCGCAAGAGCCUCAUCUGCGCCUUCGCCAUGGCCUUCAUCAUCAGCGUGAUGCUGAUCGCGGCCAACCAGAUCCUGCGCAGCGGCAUGGAGUAGUGCUGGCACGGCUGGAGUGGUCCUGGCACGGGAUGGCAGCCAUGCAUGCGCACCCGGGAGAGCUCCCGCCCCGAUCCCACGGCACCGACACGCGGGCACAGCCGGCGCCUGCGGCAGGAGCCUGAGCCAGCAGCGUGUCCUGUGAACCAACCACAUCCUUUUGGCAGGGACAUCAAAGGGCUGUUCUAAUGCUUUAAAGGUUUUGUUUCCUAAUGCAAUAAUCCCAUAUCCAGGAGUCCCGUAUUAUUGCUUCGAAACAGCAAUGGCAGCGCGGAGGAGGCCGGGCUCCGGCGCUCCGCGGUUUGAAGGAGGCCCAGCCUCGGGACUCGUCCUUUCCCCAGGGCCCACUGACUGUCCCACGGAGCUCCCACCGGGCCCACGCUCGCAGGAAGUUGAUCGUAGCAUUGCCACAAGCGAGUUCCUUUUGUUCCACGUGUUCCAGCUUCACUUUCCUUUUCCCUUAUGACCAUGCCAUGGAGUUUACGGCAUUAGAGGGGAGCUAGAGCAUCCUUGUACAGUAUUUUCUGAUGAAAAAAGGGGAGAAUUUGCCAGCACCAUACAAAAUGUCUAUUUUUUGCUUCAUCAACUCCACCUUUGACAUGAGACUGUGGGGUAGCAGGAGUCUGUUGGCCAUUUUUUUCUGACUGUGAAUCAGGGCUUGAGGAGCACCACCUGGGCAUUGCUGAACUUGUGCAAAGUCUUCCAAGGGACUCUGCCACCACCAGCGCCAGCUAAACUUCCCCCUCCUCGGGCCUUUCUGCAUAUUCAACAUUUCCUCUCCAGCAGUUUUCCCCUUCUUCUUCAUUGGUCUUCAAGAAUUUUCUUCCCAGGUGAAAAUCCUGAGGGAAGCUCUUCUCGAGCUUUCCUCCCCUCUCUUUGCUUGCACAAUUUGAUUCCAUUUCAUGUGGCCUGCUCAUGAUCUGCAGUGAAACCUCCAUGGCAGACAUCAUCCUGUGGGGGAGGUUUUAUUUUCACCCACAUGGAAAAGUGUGGAUUUGACCAGACAAGUUCUCCGUUCCCUCCCAGGAUCCAUCCCACCACCCCCAUCCCAUGGGCAGGCUCCAAAGGGGGAAAAGCCGAGUGCAGCAGGAGAAGGAACCAGACCUGAGCCCACUCCCGUGUGUUUGAAGCGUGUCAGACUUCCAGAUCGGGGAGCGCUGGGUGCUUUUCCUGGAAUACCUCUUGAGGAGCAGCAAGGAGAAGAUGGAAUGAUGCAGAGCAGGGACACCACACGGGAAGUGCAAGGAGCCGGGAUUGCUUGGGAAUGUGUUUUUCCUUUAAAACUUGAUACAAAUCCGUGCAUUUCCCUUUGGAUGAACUGUGCCCCUGGGUGCCACACCAGGACAGAGGUGAUCUCCUGCCCUCGUGGGAGGGGUCUCCCAGCUGGUGAUCGUGGAGUGCUCCAAGGGAGUUCCACGGAGGCGCUCGGGUGUUGGAGUGGGGUGGCUGUGCUGGGAGAGCUCCAGGCACACCCAGGAGCCCUGAGAUGUCGCUCCUGGAAGUGGAGGUGACUGUUCCCUGUGCCACAGAGGGCGGGGUGGCUCCCCUGGGGGUUGCACAGUCCCACACUGCAGCCAUUGGCUUCCACUGGAUCCAUCCCCAACACCCAUCCCAGCUCUUGCUUUUCUACCUGAGUGACAACAUUUACCUGCAUUUUUGGCAGCCUUAUUUAAAAGUCUGCUGCUCUUUGUCCUGUCUCCCACCACGCCUUUAAACUCAAGUCACUUUUAGGUGUCUCAGCUCCCACCUCCACCUUGUCCUGCCAUUUUCCUGGUGUCCCCUCCAUCCCAAAGACAACACCUUUUCCUCAACAGCUGAGUUGGUUUGUUCUGCCUUUCCCAAACACACAGCUCCUGCAUUUCUGUUCUACUGUGACCAACAGAGGUGAACUGCAUUUUUUUCAUAAAAAAAAAAAAGAUUUUGUCUCCCAGAAGAUGGAGAGAUUUCCAUUUGCUGCAGGGCAGCAGCAGAAUAUCUGUGGGAUAUUCUGGUGUGGGAUUCUCGGUGCUGGGGAGCCCAGACACGUUUUCUGUGCUGGGGAUUACAGAUAAUGAGCUUGGAGAUCAUUUUUAGGAAACUCAUCCCCAUUUUUAGGUCUCAGGGGUCUGUGGAAAGGUGGCAGCUGUGGGAAAAAAGUCUGAAUGUUCCUUGCCACAGAGGAAUACUCAUUUUGUCCCUGGGAUGAUGCUGGAGUGAGCAUGGGCAGAUGGAGGGGAACAGGGAAGAGUUCUGCACUGAGCCCAAACCCACAACCCCAAACCAGGCAUUUCCUCACAUCUCCUCACCCACAAACCCCCAGCAGACUGCAGGCCCAGAAGCACCUCAUGGACAAUGAUUGUCUGCAUUCCCUGAAGCUUUCUGGAAGGUUCCAGAGUUCCUUUCUGCAUGCUCCAUAAACCCUUGUAAAUACAGCCAUUCUCCAGCCCAACCCUUCCCCUUGCAGCUCCAUUUGUAAAACCAAACCUAUAAUGAAUAUAUUGGUAAAAGCCAUAGCCUGGUGUCAGUAGAGUUCAUUGCACAACUCCCCACUGAUUUUACUGGGUACAGGAUUUUGGGGGCUUUGGGGUGUGAUUUUCUGUAGGGAACCUCACGUUUCCAUCACGAAUCAGGGUCAUGUCUUGCCAGAGGUCUCCUUUCCCUUCCUCCAUCUCCAGGCAUCUUUAGUCAGUGACUUCUGGCAAUGCAGGAUGGAUGAGGCCAAGUUAUUCCAUCCUUUCCUUCCCCACAACCUUCCCAUCCAGCAGCAUUGGAUGUCUCCUACCUCCCUCCCUCCCUGGCUCCAUUUAUGUAAUAACCAUUUAUCUCCUUUUUUUUUUUCUCUUCGACACAAGAGGGGAAAAAUAGGGCUUUUUGCUGCUUUUACAGACAGGAGGUAAAAAUAGAGCAGUAAAAUUCUGAUUGGAACCUGAUGGCAAAAGCUGAGGGGGGAGAAAGCAGAAGAAUCAAAGACAUAAAAAUAAAAACCCCACAUCCCAUACUUUAAGGAAAAAAAACCCUAUUUAAGUGCUAAUUAACAUACUUUAAAAAAUACCCAGACUGCAGCAGAGCUGUCAGAAAAAGCUCUAAACUUCUGCUCUUGCCAGUUCCAGGAGGAUUGAAGUGUCUUUUCAGCCCUGCAGUUCUGGAGGAACAGGAGAUUGCCAUGGCAACCCUGGCUGUUCGUGACAUGGGUGCCACCGUGACAGAGCACACGCCAUCCCAGACUUCCAGGGAUGGGCAAACAGCUCCCAGCAGUGGGACAGGGGCUUUUCAUGGAUUAGGAAAUUAUUAGGAAUUCGUGAGCAGCUCUGUUGGCUUGGCCACAGAAAAACGUGUGCAAUUAAGGGGAUUGAGGUGCAGGGAAGGCUUCGAGAGGGACGUGGCGAUUUCAGCCCGAGAGGCUUUGGUUCCAUUCAGGAGGGACCGAGAUCCACUCAGCCUCAGCACUUUCUGUCCUGGGCUUGCUGAGGUCACUUUGGGAAGGUUCUCCAGGUGGGGCUGGAGCUCUGCUGGGAAGGAUUUGUGUUCCUGCUCCUGCAAGGCUGCACCCUGACCACCGCUGAGCUUUAGCAGCUUGGAUUCCCUGCUCCUGGAGGAGCCAGCAGGAGCAACAGCAGCCUCAGCAAUGCUGAGAUAGCGUGGAGGCCGUGGGGAGGUGAAUUCCAGCAAAAGCUGCUAAGGAAGGAGCACUGCUCACCUGUCAGGGUGACAGGAAUCACUCUUGUCAUUCCAGUUUGUCAGAGCCAAAGCCAUUCCCUCGGGGCAGCCGUGAGGAAAGCGCAGCUGGGGAGUGUCCAGGCAGGACAGGGGCAGUGCCUUUGUCCUGUGCACGGCCAGGAGCUGGACACAGGUCCUUGUGGCUCCUUUCCAGCUCAGGAUACUCCGUGAUGGUGGUGCUGGUUCCCCUGGAGAGCCAGACCUUGCUCACAGCCAGGGGUUAGGCUCCUCCAGGGGUGUCACCUCCAGGGCCAGCCACGAGUGCACCACUGAGGAGGAAUUUCUCAUCAGAAGCAAUGGCAACAUAACCAAAAGGUUUGAAUUAGGAAAGCUUGGCUUUGUUAGGACCGUGAUCCUCACGCUGUGGGAGAUGAUAGAGAAUUAAAGAGAGUUCACAGAAUAAUCCUUCCUGCUCCAUGGGCACCCCCCUAUCCCCCAGUCACUGUCAGCACCUGGGACAGUGAUCACAGAGCCCAGGUCCAGGGUGAGCAGGAGGGUGGGAGGGAGGAGGAUCCCCAGCUCCUGUCCCUGCUCCCCCGUGAGCCUAAGCUGAAUAUCUGGGUGUAAUCCAGUUCAUUGGAGAGAUUCCAUCCUGGUUAUCCAGAGGUUUCACCUGCUGGACAUGUGCACUGGGAGGGCUGGAUGUUGGCUGCUUUCAUUCCAGCAUCUUGGAUACUCUUUAUAGACCAAGUAAAGAGGGGUUUUACAUCCAGAACUAGGGUAGGAAGCGAUCAAAACAAGCUGAGGUAGAAAACAUUCCCAAGGUUCCCAAGCCACUCUGGGUGGCUUAAACCUGUUUGGAUGAGCUGAGUUCCCACUGGUCCUUUCUUCCAUUGAACCACAGGAAUAUUUUGUCCCCAGAUCCCUCUCUGCACCCUCCUGCCUGUUGCAGGAGAGGGAGACAGCUCCAGGGAGGGGCUCCAUUCCCAGCGAGGACCCUGAAACCCGGGGGGAUUCUCAGCUUUUCCCAUGGAAAACUCAUUCCCUGCACGUGCUGGGAGCUGCCAGGGCUGUCACCACCCCGAGGUGACAGGAGCACAGCCCCUGUCAGCCCUGGAUCAGCGAGGGGAGAAGCAGUGGGAGGAAUUCCAUUAGAAUCCCUAAGAAUGAAGUCCCUUAUUUUACCCACCCCUGUAAUCCAUGAUUUAGUUCCUGCUUUAUGGAUGAGCGUUUGAAAGAAGAAAAACCAACUCUUCUAAAAUGAGAAUCUGAUGAAGUGUCUUUUUUUCUUGGCUCUGAAUCACGCUUCCAUUCCUCUGAUGAAGAUGUACAGAACUUGCUGGGUUUCAAUCUAUUAUUUUACCCUUCUUUGCUCUGACAGUACAAUUACAUUUCCCUGGCAGCACUUAAAACCUGUUCCUUUCCCAGGAUUUUAAUGCAGGAAAAGAAAAGUUUCACAACAUUUCCAUCUCUGUGUGUUGUUGGCUGUUCUCAGGAUGGGGUCUGCAUUUCUCCAGUUCAAGAAGGACAUUUUAGUCAGCUCUAGGAAGCGCAAAAUCUUCACCAAGAGCAAGGCAGGUAGAAAA